CCCAACACUCCCCAUCAUGUCCUUCGCACCCUACCAGCCAGCACCGGACGACCCCGCCCAGCCUAUAGGCAAAGGCAAGCAAAAGUCCCGACUAGCCCGACCUUGGUUCCCCACCCAAGCCAGUGGCAGCAGCAGCUAUAACGUCAACGUGAACGCUCACACCAACACGAACACCUCCUACCAAUCCGGCGCUGUGCCUACGUUUGGAGCUGCUGUCUCUGGCCAGGGUACGGGGAACGGGACGGGGAGUGGGAGUGGAGGGGAAGGGGGAAACCAGAACCAGUGGGAAACGAGGUUUUCUUGGAGGGUAGACGCUGUUGCUGCUUGGGUAUACCUGCUUGGUCCGAUUAGCGCACUCGUAAUCCUUAUCCUGGAGACGACAAACGACUAUAUCCGAUUCCACGCAUACCAAUCCGCACUCGCCAUCUCCCCCCUCUACAUCCUCAACCUCAUCCUGGGCCUGAGCCGCGCCCCUCUCUGGCUCCGCUGGGUCUACUGCAUACUCGAAUACCUAUUUAUAUCCUACCUUGCCUGGCGCGCAUAUCGCGACGCGAACCAGGGCGGGCUGGCGCGGUAUCGACUACCGUGGAUCGGGGAUCUGGCAGACGCGUGGGUCGGGGAAGAGUAGUCCGAGAGUCCGAGUCCGAGUCGCAGUCGCUGUUGGAGCCGGGCGGGGGAUGUACAUUUUAUCGUCUUUCGAGUGAUACAGGGACAGUCGCCGCGUAUUGCCGAGUAGCGCAUUGCGGACGGUUCUCCGUAAAAAGGGAGGUACUGAAUGUGUGAUUCUCCCGAAUAGGGAUACCAAAGUCA